ACUCCGGUCUCUUCUCUUCUCCUGACACCAGCUCAUUACUAGACGUAGGCACUAGACGUGACAGUCAACUACAUCUGAACUGAGCAGAGAAGAGGUAGUGAAGGCAGAGAGUGCAGGAGACAUGUCUCAAAAGCAGCCUCAGGCAUCUAAUCAGACUUUAAUUUCCAUCACAAAUGACACAGAAACCUCCAGCUCUGUCGUCUCCAACGAUACCACACAUAAAGGAUGGACCGGAGACAACUCUCCAGGAACAGAAGCACUGUGUGGCAUCUACAUCACUUAUGCUGUGAUCAUUUCAGUGGGCAUCCUCGGAAAUGCCAUCCUCAUCAAAGUCUUUUUCAAGACUAAAUCCAUGCAAACAGUUCCAAAUAUUUUCAUCACCAGUCUGGCAUUUGGAGAUAUACUACUUCUGCUGACUUGUGUGCCCGUGGAUGCAACUCACUACCUGGCAGGAGGAUGGCUGUUUGGGAAGCUCGGUUGUAAAGUGCUCUCCUUCAUCCGGCUCACUUCGGUCGGUGUGUCAGUGUUCACGCUAACAAUUCUCAGCGCUGACAGAUACAAAGCCGUCGUGAAGCCUCUAGAGAGGCAGCCCUCCAAUGCUGUUCUGAAGACCUAUGCGAAAGCUGGUGGCAUCUGGAUCAUGUCUAUGAUUUUAGCUCUGCCAGAGGCUAUAUUCUCAGAUGUGUACCCUGUCCAAGAUGCUAAAAGAAAUGUGACCAUUGAAUCGUGUAACUCCUAUGCUGCGUCUGAGAGGCUCUUGCGAGAAAUACAUUCUCUGUUGUGUUUCUUAGUGUUCUAUAUUAUCCCACUCUCAAUUAUCUCUGUCUAUUACUCUCUGAUUGCCAAGACGCUUUACAAAAGCACCUUGAAUAUACCAACUGAGGAACAAAGACAUGCCCGAAAGCAGAUCGAAUCCCGGAAGAGAAUUGCCAGAACGGUUUUGGUGCUGGUGGCUCUGUUCGCUCUCUGCUGGCUGCCGAAUCACCUCCUGUAUCUCUACCACUCGUUCACUUACAAAAGCUAUGACGAGCCCUCGAACGUCCCUUUCAUCGUCACCGUUUUCUCUCGGGUGCUGGCUUUCAGUAAUUCCUGUGUGAACCCCUUUGCUCUCUACUGGCUCAGCAAGACCUUCCAGGAUCACUUUAAAGCUCAGCUCUGCUGCUUCAAGGAAGAGCAGACUGAGCCUUCUCUUGGUGACACCCCUCUUAAUGAUCUCACUGUGAUAGGGCCGGUCCCAGGGACUGGGAGCACUCAUGUGUCUGACAUUAGUGUGACCCUGGUCAGUGGCUGUAGUGUGAAGAAGGCAGAGGAUAAGGUUUAGCUUUUCCACUAAGGAAAGAAAAGGUGGUUUCUUAGUCUCAUUGCGUGUACCCAGCUUUAAGCUGGGCAUAGUAUGGUGCCUGGGUUUUUGUUGUUCAGGAGUUGUUUUGAAGUGUUCAGAAUGACUUGUCCCUGAGAGUAAACGACACACCAUCAUUUCCUUCAGGGUGCAAACAGUAAUGCCAUUUGGGGCUUUCUAAACACAGUGAAGCCCAGCAAGUCAAGAAAAGCAGGUUUAGAAAUGGCAGCCAAAUGUGAAGAACGCUGUAUAUAGGAGGGAUGGUAAGUGAACAAGAUAAACGUUUAAAAAUCUAAUUGGAUCCCUCCUGAUGUUCUUCACUCUCUUGUACUCGUAUGGUUGUCAUAAAAUUAGUGGUUGUGCUUACUGUGUGCCGUAAAUCUAGAGAUUCUACUCUGUAAAUGAGAUCAAAAAGAGAUAAAGCAUCUCUUGUGGUGUUUUAUGAAACACACAUAUAUGUAUAUAUUACAGAGUUACCACUCUCUUCCUCCAGUCACCAUUCCAUCAUAAGAACUCUUGCAAUUGAAAUGAAAAUGUUUGAGAGUCGGAGGGUGCUUCCCUUACUGGGUCAACACUUCCUGGCUUAGUGUAUUGUACUGCCAUUGCUUAAUAACGAGGCAGGGCCAUUUCUCACAAACAUUGUGAAGGAUUUGUCUUACUAAUAGGCAGAACAGGGGCCACCAUGUCAGUGUGGUAUGACCAUGGGCCCGAGAGGAAGAUUCCUGUCCAGGUUUCUAAGCUGUCAUUGACUGAAAUUCCGUCCUCAGAGGAAACACAUUUUAUCUGGGUGAGCAGUGCCCUCUCUCUACAAAUGUGCAGAACUGCCACUCUGGAUCUCCAUCACCUGGCUGUGCGAGCAUCAUCGCAUCCUACCUGCUUGAUAUUACUCCACUUGAUGGGUGCCGAGUCCGAGAGCUCAGCUCUGCUUUUGGAGGUCAGAGAGUAAGCUCUGACUUUCUAGCCUCUGCUCUAACUUGCUAACACAAAUAAACUUGUCACUCACUGUAAUUGGGGGGGGGGGGAAACCUUGUAGUCAGUAGAUCUGUCAGAUUUAAAUUUGUGCUUUCAGAAAAUGUAUUCUUGAUGUAAACUAGAGUUUAUCUUUGGCACUAUAGUUACAUUGUAUUUUUAAAAACUUGAUUUAUUUUAGAGUGCUUCUGGUAUUUUUGAGCUUUAAAUGGCUUGUGCCGUGAUGAACUUCUGCUAACUAUGUGGCUCAGAAGGGGGUGGGUGGGGCAUAUAUUAACCCUGGGCUUGAAACGUCCUUAAAUUUGGCUUACAUUGGGGGUGCUAAUAUCACAUUAACAUCGCUUUAAAGUGAGCAAAAUUGUUGUAAAAAC